AGAAUAAGCCGGGUUCGGGAGACUAUUGAGGAGACUGUAUCUACUCUGCUAAUCGUUCCUAUCACGGAUUCUGUCUAUGUAGGAAAACAUACGCACUUCAGUUGCAGUAUCUUCCUUUGUAAAGCUUGAGCAUUAGACUAUUUGGGUUGUCAACCUAAGCAGAAAAAAAUUCAAAAUGUCGAACGCAUCUCUUCCCGCCGGAUGGGAAAAGCGAGUUUCGCGCAGUUCUGGUGAUUGCUAUUACCUAAACGUGCACACGAAAGAAUCGCAGUGGGAACUGCCAACUGAACCCGCCCAACCUAAGGGCGAUAAGGUCCGAGUGCGACAUUUGCUGGUAAAACAUAGGGAUUCAAGGAGACCUUCGUCUUGGAGAGAGGAGAAUAUUACAAGAACCAAAGAAGAAGCCCUGGAAAUUCUCCGAGACUACGAAUCCCGUAUUAAAGCUGGAUCAGCGACCUUUGAAGACCUUGCCACUAAAUUCUCGGAUUGCAGCUCAGCUCGCAAGGGCGGAGAUUUGGGCUUCUUUGGACGUGGAGCAAUGCAAAGACCCUUCGAAGAAGCUUCAUUUAUCCUACAACCAGGUCAGAUGUCGGGGCCUGUGGAUACCGAUUCAGGAGUUCAUCUCAUUCUACGAAUUGAGUAGGCUGUCGAGUGAGUCACUGAUGUUACACCAAUAAUUGACUAAGAAUAAAGUCAGCCGAUAUUCCUUAAAAAAAUA